GUCACACAUGUAAAUACAAAGAAAAGUCUCCUUUUGAACAUAUUUUUGAAGCAAUUUAAAUGCUCAAAUGAAGAGAUAGUCACCAUGAUUCAGAAAGGGGACACAUCCAAGUUUGAUGCAGAAGCUCUGAAGCAGCUGAUUAAACUAUUGCCUGAAAAGCAUGAGAUAGAGAGCCUGAAAUCCUGCAAAAAAGCAAAAUCAGAACUAGCAAAUGCAGAUCAAUUUUAUCUCCUCCUCCUCAGUGUCCCUAGCUACAGUAUGCGGAUUCAAUGCAUGUUGUUGUGUGAAGAGACAAGAAUUCUCUUGGAUAUGCUACGGCCCAAAGCACAAAUGAUCAGGAUAGCCUGCGAGACGCUUCUUACUAGUCGUCGACUGCCAAUUUUCUGUUGGUUGAUUCUUAAAGUUGGAAAUUUUCUCAACUAUGGACGGCACACUGGAGAUGCUGGUGGCUUUAAAAUGAGCACUUUGCUCAAAUUAACAGAUACCAAAGCAAACCAAAACUCUAUUACGCUACUCCACCAUAUUUUGGAGGAAGUUGAAAAAAACCACACAGACUUGCUCCAGCUUCCCAGUGAUCUUGACUGUGUUGCAAAGAUAGCAGGAAUCAACUUUGAAGUUGUAAAGGCAGAAGCAGGUGCCAAUAUAAAGAAACUCUUGGAAACUGAGCAUAAUAUAGCCUCAUCAGUAGAUGAUUUGAAAGUGCAAUAUGGAAAAUCUAUUCAGGACAGUAUAAAAGCUUCAAAAGAACUGGAGGAGGAGAUUGACACCAUUGAAAAGAAGAAGGCAGAACUUGCUGAUUAUCUCUGUGAAGACAGAAACAUGUUAUCACUAGAAGAUGUAUUUAACACGAUGAAAACCUUCAGAGACCUCUUUAUCAAGGCACGAAAGGAAAACCAGGAAAGGAAGGAACAAGCUGCAAAGGCAGAGAAAAGGAAGAAACUUCUUGCAGAAGAAGAAGCUAAGCGACAAAAGGGGGAAUGUGGAAUUAUCAUUCGAAAAGGAGAUGUGAAACCAGAAGCAGGUGACAUCAGUGCCUUGCUAGCAGAUAUCAGGAAAGGCUCUAAGCUACAGAGAACUCACAGAAAUGUGUCUGAGACAAAAAUUCUUCCCAAAACCACAACUGAAACUGCCAAGACUGUAGAUCAAUCCAGCUGCAUCCUG